AUGGAAUUUUUUGAUUUCUGCAGUCAAGUUGUUCAUGGUCAUUUUCUUGAUAUGGAUUCUAACCAGAAGUUCCACUGCUCUGUGGUUUAUGAUGCAAAUGAUGUUACUGAAAGAAGGGAUUUAUGGAAUUCUAUCAGGAGGCAUAACAAAUUUCUUAAAAAUGACCCGUGGGUUGUCUUGGGUGACUUUAAUGUUGGCCUUAAUCCGGAUGAUAGUUUCAGAGGCUCGUCUGUGAUCUCGAGAGGAAUGUCUGAUUUUAGAGAUUGUGUAAAUGAAGCUGAGUUAGAGGACAUUAAUCAAUCUGGUAUAAAGUUCACGUGGAUUCAGAAGCCGAUGUUAGAGAUAGGACAGAGGGGUCUCCUUAAAAAAUUGGAUAGGGUGUUCGGUAACUUAAGCUUUAUGGCUACUUUUCCCUCUGCUCAUGCAACUUUCCUCCCUUAUGGUGUUUCUGAUCAUAGUCCAGCUAUUAUUUCUUUUGAUGAUCAUCUAUCCCUUAAGCCUAGGCCAUUCAAGUUUAAUAAUCAUCUGGCGGAUAUUCCUGAUUUUGUGCCUUUGAUUGAAAAGGUUUGGAGUAAUGAUGUAAAGAGAUGUUGUAUGUACUCUGUGAUUUCAAAGUUGAAGAAUGUCAAAAAAGGAUUGAGAAAAUUAAAUAAUGAUCAUGGGAAUGUUUUUGGAAAUGUUAAGAAGCUGAGAAUGGAGCUGGGUAGAGCUCAAAAUGAUUUGGAUGCUGACCCAGAAAAUGAACGUCUUCUGAGGCAAAGAGCUAAAAUUCAAUGGUUAAAAGAAGGAGAUGCUAACACGACGUAUUUCCAUAAUGUUGUCAAAAGCAGAACUAAUAAAGACAGAAUCGAUGAGAUUGAGGAUUUCGGGGGAAAUAGAUAUAUGCGGGCAGUUGUUGCUGAACAAUUUGUGAUACAUUUUGAGAAAAUGCUUGGCGCCCGUGUUAAUGUUGAAGUUAUCUGUGAUCCCACAUCUCUAUUUUUCAAAAAGCUUUCCAAGGAUCAAGCUGAUUUUAUGGUCCGUCCUAUUGAUGAUAAGGAAAUAAAAUAG